AUUGGAAUGUGGGGCAUGGGAGGAAUAGGUAAAACUACUAUUGCCAAUGCUUUGUUUGCCAAAUUAUCUUCUCAAUAUGAAGGUAGCUGCUUCUUGGCAAAUGUAAGGGAAGAAUUCCAAAAGCAAGGCCCUAGUUGUUUACGUAAUAAGCUUCUUUCUGAGGUACUAGAGGAUGUAAAUCUCCAUAUUAGCACCACCACAGUAAGAUCCACUUUUGUUACGAGGAGGCUUAGUAGAAAAAAGGUUCUAAUUGUGCUUGAUGAUGUGGACCAUAGGGAGAAACUAAAAUAUCUUGCUGCAAAACAUGAUUGCUUGGGACCAGGUAGUAGAGUCAUUGUCACUACCAGAGAUAAGCAUGUCCUUAGCGAAGGGGUGGAUGAAAUCUAUGAGGUCAAGGGAUUGUCCCUUCAUCAUGCUGUUAAACUUUUCAGUUUAAAUGCCUUCAACAAAACCUAUCCUGAAACGGGGUUUGAAAUGCCAUCUAAAAUGGUUGUUGAUCAUGCAAAUGGCAAUCCAUUGGCUUUAAAAGUUUUAGGUUCAGUUCUCCAUUCCAGAAAUGAGCAACAAUGGGACAGUGCUCUGAGAAAACUCAUGAAGGUCCCUAAUGCGGAAAUUCAGAAUGUGUUAAGAUGGAGUUAUGAUGGAUUAGAUGAUGAAGAAAAAAAUAUGUUUCUGGACAUUGCAUGCUUUUUCCGAGGAGAGAAUAAAGAAGAUGUUAUGAGGCUACUAGAUGUUUUUGGUUUCUUUGCAGAUAUUGGAAUAAGAAACCUUUUAGACAAAGCUCUAAUAACUUUUUCAGAUGCCAAUGAAGUGUGCAUGCAUGAUUUGAUACAAGAAAUGGGCAAGGAAAUUGUUCAUCAGGAAUCUAUCAAAGACCCUGGAAGGCGUAGCCGAUUGUGGGAUCCAGAGGAAAUCUAUGAUGUAUUGAAAAACAAUAGGGGAACUGAUGCAGUUGAAGGCAUGAUCUUAGAUGUGUCUCAAAUAAGAGUCUUUCCACUGAGCUAUGAGACCUUCUCAAGAAUGAUCAAUCUAAGAUUUAUCAAAUUCUAUAUGGGCAGGGGUAGGACAUGCAAUUUGCUCCUUCCUUCAGGUCUUGAAUCAUUGUCUAAUAAAUUGAAGUUCCUUCACUGGGAUGGAUACCCUUCCAAGUCUUUGCCCUCAACUUUUUGUCCUGACAACCUUGUUGUGCUUUCCAUGAUGGGUAGCCAUGUUGAAAAACUUUGGGAUGGAAUCAAGAGUCUUGCAAGCUUGAAAGAGAUCAACCUCCGUGCUUGCAAGAAUUUAACUGAUCUCCCAGAUUUAUCUCUAGCGCCAAAUCUUGAAAGUGUAGAUCUUUCUCAUUGCACAAGUCUGCUUCAUGUUCACUCAUCUAUCCAAUAUAUCAACAAGCUUCUUUUGUUUAACCUGGAAUCCUGCAAGAACCUUAAGAGUCUUCCAAGUAGCAUUCACUUGUUUUCUCUUAAAAUGUUCAUUCUCAAAGGCUGUUCAAGUCUUGAUGAGUUUUCAGUGACUUCAGAGAACAUGACACGCCUGGACUUAAGAGGGACAGCAAUAGAACAUUUUCCAGCAUCAGUUUGGCAGCAUCUGAGCCAGCUUGUUUACUUGAAUCUGGAAUCCUGCAAUAAGCUUAAGAGUCUUACAUGCAACAUUCACUUGUUAUCUCUUAAAAGUCUCAAUCUUAGAGAUUGUUCAAAUCUUGAAGUGUUUUCUCUGACUUCGGAGAACAUGGAGUACCUGAAUUUGGGAGGGACAUCAAUAAAAGAAUUGCCAAAAUCUGUUUGGCGCAACAACAAGCUUUUUACUUUGGUUCUUCGUUCCUGUAAAAGACUUGUGAGUUUUCCUGACAGACCAAAACUUGAUGAAUUGCCUCUCAUUCUCAAAGAGCUAUACUCUUCUGAAAGGUCAAAUGUGGAUGAACCAUGGACUUUGUCAUCCUUAGCAGAUUUAUCACUAAAAGGAAGCAGUAUUGAGAAUUUACCUGCAAGCAUCAAAGAUCUUCCAAGAUUGAAAAAACUUACCUUGACUAAGUGCAAGAAGCUUCGGUCUCUACCAAGCCUUCCACCAUCCUUGGAAGACUUAUCCCUAGAUGAAAGCAAUAUUGAGUGUUUACCUGUAAGUAUCAAAGAUCUUUAUCAUUUGAAAAAACUCACCUUAGUUAACUACAAUAAGCUUUUGUUUCCACCAGAGCUUCCACAAUCCUUGAAAACUACAUCACUAAGUGAAAGUAAAACUGAUUCCUUUCUUGGGAGCAUGAAAGAUUUUUCUCAUCUACAAAAGCUUCCUCUGAUUAAGUGGAAAAGGCUUCAUUCUCUACCAGAGCUUCCACCAUUCUUGGAAGAUUUAUCACUAGAUGCAAGCAAUAUUGAAUGCAUACCUGUAAGCAUCAAAGAUCUUUCUCAUCUGAGAAAACUAGCCUUAAUCAAGUGCCAGAAGCUUCAAUAUUUACCAGAUCUUCCACCAUCCUUGGAAGAUUUGUCUGUAAAUGAAUGCAAUAUUGAGAGCUUGCCAAUGAACAUCAAAGAUCUUUCUCAUUUGCGAAAAAUCACCUUACUUGAGUGCAAGAGGCUCAGGGCUAUACCAGAGCUCCCCCCAUGCCUGCAAUUGUUUUGUGCAGCUGACUGCAGAUCACUCGAGUUUGUUCCAAGUUCAAAGACUGUCUUAAUACAAGAUAGGCAUGCAUUCUAUUACAAUUGCAUAAACUUGGAUCACAAUUCGCGCAACAAUAUCAUUGCAGAUGCACCCUUUGAAGCAGCUUUUACUUCUUUGCAAGAAGGAACACCUGUGGGACCUCUCAUAUCUAUUUGUUUGCCAGGAGCUGAAAUCCCAGACUGGUUCAGCUACCAAACAACAAAUUCUUCACUGGACAUAGAAAUUCCUCAACAGUGGUUCAUUGAUUCAAAGUUCUUAGGCUUUGCUCUAUGCCUUGUAAUUGGUGGUUUCCAGCAAAACAGUUAUGAAGGCUAUGAUCCAGAUCUUAAUUGUUAUCACUUUGUCAAGCCUGCUGGUAACUCUGAUCCCAAUGUUCCCUUUCUUGGCCAUUGCACAACCAUAAUGCAGGUGCCACGAGGUUUUAAUUCAGAUCAUAUAUUCAUAUGCUAUUAUCCGGCUUUUAAUGUUUCCAUAAUGCAAGAUUUCAAGGAUUUAGCCAAGUACUAUGAUUCUAACAACCUGAAGCUAAGAAUCAUUUUCAAAUUUAAGGGUCCAUCUCAAAGGUUGGACAUUGUAAAGAAGUGUGGGGUCAGACCACUAUUGAUUGCUAAUACUGAAAGGCUUCAUGUUGAAAGUGAACUACAACAUGAAGAAAAGGAAGUGUUAAAGUGAAAAUGGGGAACAACAACCUGAAGCAAAUGAAAGGAUUUGUAUCCUGUGGUUGCUGAGUAAUACAGUACAUCCUUGAAGCCAUAGAGGUCAUUUUUCUGAAGAACUUUUAAGGAAUCCAGGGGUAAUCCAAUAACCUGGUUUCAUCCCUUGCAGUGAUCCAAAAUGGUUGGGGGAUACGCAGCAAGGUCUUCAUAUAUAAAAGCAGAUAUAUUUCAGCGUUCCAAAUGAGGGGGGAGGGGGAUUCUUCUGUCUAAUUUCCUAUGUUACAUCAGUA